CCUGGAGGAACCUCUCUUUAUUGAAUCAAGAUUUCUUUACCUAGUUUAACCUUCAAAUUUCUAAAUUCCCAGAUUUUGUUUUCUACUUUGGGUAGUUGGGAUGACGAUGGUGCAGGAACCGGUGGUCAAAACCACCAUAUCACCCCCCAAUUCAUAUGGAGCGGUUGUUCUCGGCGGCACCUUCGAUCGCUUGCAUGAUGGCCACCGCCUCUUUCUCAAAGCAUCGGCCGAGCUGGCAAAGGAUCGGAUUGUGGUGGGAGUUUGCGCUGGUCCUAUGUUGACCAAAAAAGAGUUUGCAGAUUUAAUACAACCCAUUGAAGAAAGAAUGCGUAAUGUUGAGAACUAUAUUAAGUCUAUCAAGCCAGAACUGGUAGUGCAAGUUGAACCUAUUACGGAUCCAUAUGGCCCUUCAAUAGUCGAUGAAAAUUUGGAUGCCAUUGUUGUCAGUAAAGAGACAUUACCGGGUGGAAUAUCAGUCAAUAAAAAGAGAGCCGAUAGAGGCCUUCCAGAGCUAAAGGUUGAAGUUGUAGAUCUACUUUCAGAAGAAUCUACAGGAGGUAAACUGAGCUCAACAACAUUAAGGAAGCUUGAAGCGGAGAAGGCCAAAAAUCAACAGACUGCUCAAACAUGAUAAUCUGAGUUUGACGACAUUGUGCAAGCUUAUGUAAACACUAUGACAUCGACUUCAUAGGAUGUUAUAUUGUGAUUUAUUCAGUGUUCAUCUUCUGUAACAGUAACAGAACAAUGUACAUGGACGCCCGGAAUUUCCAUAAAAUAAACUGUUCAGUUUUCU